CUUUGAUGGGUCUUGAUCAUCAUAACUGUUGGCUUUGCAUUGGCGAUUUGUAUCAAGUUGACUAGUGACUAGUGAUCAUGAUUGUCAGGCGCGUGAAUUGUGAUCUUGACUACCCUGUGCUUAGCAAGGAAGUCAAGGUUUUUGCUGGCCAUUUCGCACAGACAGUUGGGGUCAUGAUUUUCGGUUCGGGGGGGUCCAGUUGCAAUUUGCCAUUACCAUUCACAUCGUUGGAUGGUCGCCUUUUCUGGAAGACCACCCGCUCUGCGGACAAUGUAGUGAAGGUGCCAAGCAGUUGCCCAGGCGAGGAAAGUUUGGAUGCUGAGCGUGAAGCACCCAGUGCUUGUGACUACUUCGUCGUCGUCGUCGUUGUCGGAGCACUUAUUUCAAGAUAGCAAUGGGAAGUAGUAGUCUCAAGCCGUAAGCACACACACAACAUCAGCACCAACUUCAAAGUCACCCACUUUUGUAAGACCCCUGUGCCUGUGGAUGUCUUUAAGUGGCUGAGAUUGAGGACCUGACAAAGCCAAGGAAACUGCAUGAUUCCCAGCUGUGAAGUGACAAACAGGAUGUGAUGCCAUCACAGAAGUUGUGUUGCCAAACGAAAGCUUGAUAUUGGAAGGAGGACAGUCAACAGUCAAUAGUUUCAGUCCCAACUGGAAGAGAAAGGCGGCAUUCUGCUACUUUACUAUUGCUCGCCAUGUGAUCAUGUUUCAAUUUUAGUUCUUCUCAGUGCUGCCAGGUCCAAGAGAGGCACGCAGAUUUUGUCAGUGCUUCGGGGUUGACUCAAGUUGUCCACUGCAUUGAGCUAGUUGCUAGCACACCCAUCUUGAGAAUAUAGUCAGGUGAUGUCAGGUGCAUCCAAACAAUGCCUAAGGUGCCAUAACAUUCACCACCCCGAAUCCAUGCGAAUGCCAGGAGUACAUAUGAGAAAUUGAUUGGAACAGUUGCUGAUGGGUGUUGUUCUGAUGGCGCAUGCCUUGGAGCUACAACACUCGCAGGGAACAACAAUAGUAUGCAAACAGUUUUUCGUUGCAUGACUCGACUCAUGCUCAGCAUUUGAUGCAGGCGUGAGCCACUUCGGUCCAAGAUCAAGAGGUGUUUCCGUG